AUGGCCGAUCGUCCUCCUCAGGGCUACCCUCUUCUACCACCCGGCUUCAACGGUAUCAACCCAGCGAGUACCGUUCUCCAGGCCCAGCAACAGUACCAGCAGCAACAACAGCAGCAACAGCAGCACCCUCAGCAUCAGGGCGACUCGCACCCCGGCCCAUCGUUUCCCGCCGCCAUCUGGCAGCAACAGAUGUCCCAGCAGCAAUUUCGCCCUCGCAGCGGCGCUGGAAUGACCCCACAGCAGGCCCAGGUUGGUCCAUCUUUACCGUCGUCGCUUCUCAGUUUAGCUAGGACACAGGCGUCCUCUGGAGGCUCCGCUUCGCACACCUUCCCACCAUUGUCCCCCUCAAUCGCACGGCUGCCUCCAUUUUUCUUCUUCACUUGCCUCCUUUCGUACUUCAGUCCUUGCCACAGUGCGAUCGCGCACGGCUCUCAGAGCCCCUCGGCUCAAUUCGCUGCUAUGCUUAUCAAUGAUUCGUCCCAUCGUCUCCAAAUGAACGACCUCAUGAGGAGCCAAAACAUGGCUCGUGUGGCUAGCGGGCAGCAGCAAGGAAUGUCGUUUCCGAUGGGUGUCGGCAUGCCAAAUAUGGGGGGACAACAGCCGUUUCAUGACCAGCCAUCAAACCAGCCUAAUAUGCCAGGUGGCGCGUUUGGGGGAAUGCCCAACGCCAUGACCCAAGCGGCCCUUCAGCAGCGCAUGCAAAACCAACCUGGUGCACUCCGCAACUUUGAGGCCAUGAUGCAACACAAUCUCCGGCUCGGUCCUGGGCAGCAGUUAAGCCAACGCCCCGAUCAACAACAGCAGCAACCAUCGCAACAACCACCCUUUGUGAACUCGAGCGUCAAUCACCCUGGCCCAAGCGACAUAUUCUCCUCGCCCGCCAUGUCCAAUGAAGCCAUUCGCCGACCAUCGCCCUCCCAUUCGUCCAACAUGAUGCCUGUCAUGUCGUCGAACAUUGUGAACGGAGGGCCCAUGAACCAGCAACCUCAACCACGCCGCGUUCUGUCCAAUAGUGAGCUCAAUGAGCGUGCAAAUCAGCUUAGGCACAUGAUACAGAACGGUGAAAAUGCCAUCAACUCUAUCAACAUGCAGUCUCAAAUGCGCGGUCAACCCCUCACUCCCGAAUUACAACAACGAGUCAAACAGCUCACGGAGGACGUUAUGGUGAAGAAAGGCUACCUGCAAAGAAUAGUCGCGACUUUAUCCGGACAAAAUCCGCAAGGCCUGCCGCAACAGGGCGGUGGCGGAGGUGCGGGCCCUUCAGGGAGCCCCUGGAUGCACCCUCCCAAUCAACCUCAAGGAUUUGACAGCCCAGGUUCCGUUGGGCGACCAGGUCCAGGACCCAGCACGCCUGUGCAGCACCAGCAAUCCCCUCACCCUCCGGGCAUUCAAGGUAGCCCGUCGAUAGGAAAGCCACAAGGAACUGGUAACCAUAUGCCGAACCAGGCCACACUCCCUCAGCGGACCGACUCAGUACAACCCGGUGCUUCUCAGGGCCCACAGCCACCCCAACUCCCCCAACAGCAACAGCAGCAGCUACAACAAGGGGACGCCUCUGCCAGUGGUGCUGGGCCUUUUCAGCUUGGUCCUAUGGGUGCAAACACGAAUGGUCAACAUCCCUUCCAACCCCAACCAAACGGCAAUAAUGGUCCCGGCCCAGGGAUGCAGCAGGGUGGUCCUAGCGGAAUCGCCUCUCAGGCGGGACCCAUUGGUUUGGGUGACAUGCAAAAUGUGACCGGGAUUGCACAACUUGUCGCUAACAUUCCGCCGAUGGACCGGUUGAAGUUUGAACAAACGUACAGAAAUUUCUGUCAGAAGAAGAAUAUAAAUCCCAGCAUGCAGACCCAGAUCGAGAAUAAACCAAUCGACCUACAUCUUCUCCACGCCUCUGUCAUGCACGAGGGUGGUGCUGCAAAGGUGGACCAGCGCGGGUCAUGGGACGUCAUCGGCGGUCGGCUGGGCUUCGUGCAAUUCCCUGGGAACGAUACGGAACCGUCGAAGUCAGGCCCCAUGGUCGCUCACCAGAUUUCGAGGAUUUACAAGGAAUAUCUGCAAAGUUUCGACACUUUCUAUCUUGCUUCUGCUCUUGAUUCUCGCAACAAGGCUGGAGCAGGGCCCCAAUUCCCGAACCCCGCGCUUGUGGCUGCAGCGAUCACCGGUAAUAACCAGAUAACCAAAAGUGCUAUUCCAAGCGCUCUGGCGGCAGGUGCUGCGCAACUGAGACUCAGUGCAGCCCAGAUGACGCAACUCAUGGCCUACGCGAACCGAUCCUCGGCCGAGCUCAAGAGCAUUGGACUCCCCGACCAUGUCUUGCAGUAUAUUGAAAAUAAUCGAAUUCUCCUUCAGCGCGCGUAUAACGAGCAAGACAAUCGUUCUCGCAAUGGACAGGCCCUUGGAAUGAUGGGGAACGGGGGCCAGGCCCCGCCGAUGAACGCAGACCAACCUCAACAGAACGGCUCUCAGGGCGGCCUACCAGCGAACGGAAUGGGACCGCCGGGCAUUCAGCCGCCCUCGUUUGGUCCUAUGGCUGUUGGACAGAGCCAAAUGCCCGACAGAAGGAUCAUGACGUCGUCGCUCAGCCAGGGCGGUAUGCCAAAUCCUGGCGGUAAUUUCAUGGAGCGACCGCAAGGCCCGCAGAUGAUUCCUCCGCCACCUCUUCCGCAGAUGCAACCGGCUGGCCAGCAGCUCGGACCGAUGGUAGCCCUUUCUAAUGCUGGACGUCCUAAUCAGGAGCACCUGCGCCUGGCAAUGGCCUAUGUUAACAAGGCUAAAAACGAGUUUACGUCGACAACCCUGCCCGCGAUGCCUCAUCGCGAUAUUCCACCCGACCAACGCGCUCAAUAUAAUCAACUUCUAGAACAACUCUUCCGGUAUACCUCGGAAAAUGAGCCCAACCUACCCAUGUGCUUCGUUUUGGUGAAGGAUGAGAAUGCCAUAAAGCGGAUGGUUGCCAUUACGUGCACCGUGGCCUAUCAACGUCACCUCGUGAGCUCUGGGCAGCAUCGCACUGUUCUAACGAUAGACUCUUUACGAGGAAUGCUUCAAGAAGUCGCGAGGUUUCAAGAAGUCUUCCAAAACGCCUUACGCAAUGUGCAGCAAAACUCUGCGCAACAGCAGCAUAUUCAGCGAGCUCCCCAGCAUCCGAUGCUCCAGAACCAACAGAUGCUCCAUAUGCAGCAUGGCCCAUCGCCUAUGAACAUGUCAUCUCCAGCUUCUCAUCCUGGACCAGAUAUGCCGCGAAACCAAAUGCCUAAUAUCCAACCUUCUCCACCGAAUAUCCCUCCUCCUCCAGCCGCUCAGCAACACACUCCUCAACUUUCCUCCCAGUCGCUUCGCCUUCAAAACCCUCCAGCCCGUCGCACCCAGAAGCCCGCCAACGCAGCCACUCCCACAGCCGGCAUCUCGAGCCCUUCUCCAGCUCCAAUGACUGCCUCCACCCCAACCCACAGCGCGGCAACGCCAAGUGCUGUCACAGGUUCACCGCAACUGCCCAAGUCUCCCAAGGUGAAAAUACCUGCUACUAAGAAGCCUGCCGGUCAGACGCGCCGUCGCCCUUCAACUUCCACCAACAAAGGAGCAACUUCUUCCCCCUCAGUCCCUAACGCACCGACGCCGCAGUCCCAUGCUUCCCCGGAAACCGCUUCCACACCUACACAAAGCAGUUCGAGUAAACGCCCAAGAGAUGACGAGGGCAGCAAUGUGAAUGGGCCAAGCCCGGGACCUUCUGGCGAUUCGGAAGUGGCGAACGGACCUUCUCCUCCUAAGCGCGUCAAGAGGGACGAAAUGACACCUUCUGCAUCCUCCUCCACAUCGUCUACUCAAGCAACUGUACCGCAACCACCGCCUGAAAAGCCGAUUGAACCGGCAAAGAAGGCUCCUGAGGUUGCAUCUGAAGCCCCGAACGCGACUGAAGAGAGCAGCGCCAAUUUCCUCGAUCAGAUGACGGAACUCAUCAAACUUGCUGCGGGACAAAAUGAGGGGCAGGAAAGUGUAAUGCCAGACAUCUCAGAGACGUUGGAGAUGCUACUGAAGGGCUACAAUCCUGAUGGGGAGAGUAGUAAUGGAUUUGGGUCCGACUUCAAUGCUGGUGGUUCAGGAUCAGGCAACACUCAAAAGGAGAGCUCGCCCGGACCUAGCCUCUCGUUCGACGAGAUCUUCGACUUUUCAACCAUGCCGGACGAAGAAGACUCAAAGGAUACCCCGGAUCUCGUUCAGUCCUCGACAAAUCCAAGCCCCGAAUCCAACGCCUCUGAAACGGAUCCAGGGCAUACCGGUGGUUCUGGCGGAAUGGUACAAGGAGAUGGGGCAGGUGGUUCGGGUGCUGCAGGAGUCAAACUCGAACCCAAGACGGAAUCUUCAUCGGAUGUACUACCUGCUGGAUUAUGGAAAGAGAUGGAUGGAGGAGAGGCAGCCUACUAUCAGUCUUCAGAGUGGAAGUGGGAUGGACAUAUGCCAGACCUCGAUCAACCCUGGGCCAUUUUCAAUUGA